ACGAUUCAAGGCUGCUGCAACGCUAUGCGCGCGUACUUAGAGUCGGUCCCGCCGGGUUCAGCGGCGCUUACUUCGGCAGAAACGUGCACAGGAUAAGGCUGCAGUACGUACGCACGCUGAUGUGGGACGAAGCCCCUGAGAGGGACUUCUGAGACAACAAGCAUCGAACUGAACCGACCACACUUUUGCUAUCCACCCCGGACCCUGCUGUUUUCACGCAUUACCGAUCGGUUAUCUGCCCGGCCCCCUUCCUUCCAAUCCUAAAUCUUCCGAGGUGCGCAUGCGUGAAACGACAGCUUUCCCUCCCCUCCUCCCCUUUUUCCAGCGUGUUAGGAGCGAAGAAACGCAAUCCCUUCUGGCCGGAGAGAGCCUGGCCCCAGAUUCAUUGGAGGAAAUGAUGUCUGAAACCAAGCUACAAGGAGAGAUGAAGCCAGAAGGAGGCAGCAGUGAAUCAAUGACAACCCAGGAGCUGCUUCAGAGACUCCGGGAGCUGGAGGCAGAGAAUUUGGCUUUGGCACAAGCCAAUGAGAACCAGCGAGAGACAUACGAGCGCUGCCUUGAUGAGGUAGCCAAUCAUGUGGUACAGGCACUGUUAAACCAAAAGGACCUUCGUGAAGAAUGCAUCAAACUAAAAAAGCGGGUCUUUGACCUCGAGCGACAAAACCAGGCCCUCAGUGAUCUCUUCCACCAGAAGCUGACCUCUGGCUCUCUCUCCCAGUUCCCAGCCCAUCCUUCUUCCUUGCUCUCCGACCCAUCAUCCAGCUCCCAGCCAGGCAUGGUAGAGAAGCUUCCAGCUUCGUUGCCCUUGGGACACUGCAUCUUGCAGAGAGAGGUCAUCUCUGAGGAGCAGUGCAUUGGCACUCCUGGAUCCAACUCCCAGUCCUUGGAAGCCCUGUCCCCAUUCCUGCGAAAGAAGGCCCAGAUCCUGGAGGUGCUUCGCUCCCUGGAAGAGAUGGACCCCCUGCUUGCCUUUCCCUCCCCUUGGAGAGAGCCCGGGCAGCCCGGUUCCCCAGAAGGUGUGUCUGCUGAAGCCUGGCCGUGCCUGCUACUGGCUCAGGGGGACAGGGUGUCUGGGCAGCUUCCUCUGAAAGGAGAGGGCAGCUCCUCCUCCUCGUCAGAUGAGGCCGGCGAAGCUGAUCUCCCAGAGAAAGGACACCCUGGGCAGGUGCUGCUGAGUGCUCUGGCCGAGCACAAGUUGGACUUGGGUGAUGUGGAGACUUACUUGCAGCAUGUCCUGAGGGAGGCAGGCGACAAUGCUUUGCUCAAUGGGGAGCCCAAUGGGCCCUGCUUGAGAGAUGGCUCUGAGGGCCAGGUUGGUAGCUACAAGUACAUCCAGGCGGUCAGUUGUCUGGAGGCUUUGGGGCCUCUCUCUACCUGCAGGGAGCCAGCCUACCUCGGGGUCUUAGCGCAGAGCGAGGGCAAGGACAGUGGUCAGCAAGGCCUGCCCAUCCCCUCUCCCUCCAAGGUGCUCAAGUUGCUGAAGAUGCCACCCCCGCCCAGCCCUGCCACCCUCCGCCUCAGCCCCCAGCUGACCCGCAGCUCCAAAAUCCCUUGCCGUAGCAACACCUAUGAGGUGUACCACUCCCCAACACCCAGCCGCAAGGGCUCCCCCGACAGCCCUUUCCCUGGUGACACCAGUGUUGCUGGGGGACAUCCCUCCCCCAAGGCUGGCCGGCACCUCAUACCGGUGCCUUCCAAAGUCACACCAACUUCCCCAGACCCCUUUGGCUACCACAAGCCCCAUGAGUACGAGAAUGUCUUAGAGCUGUCCUUCAGCAGCGCCGUCGGCCCUCAUUCUCACUCGCCACGAGAUGCCAAGCUGGAUGUGCCCGAAACACUCCCACCCGCAUGCCACUCGGCACCUCUCCAGGUAGUGCCGCCCGAUGAUGUCUCACUGGAGUCCUGUCCCUUUGUCGGCGGUCGGGAGAAGCCAGGCCCUGAGAGCAGGCACUCUCCGCCGCUUGCUCGCCGAGCCUCUGAGGGCUCCAAGAAGGUAGCCAACGGCCCAGGCAAGCGGACACCUGAGGGGGCCAACAUGCCCUUCAAAGAACGGCUUACUGUGCUUGGGAGGCUGAAGGGAGCCGAGGGGAAGGAGUCAGCAGGAUUUGAGAAGGGGAGAGCCCCAACCCGACUGUGUGAGCGCCUUGAGGGCUUUGCUGAGGCUCACCCCAGACUGGGCACUGGGAGCAGCAGCCUCAAGCACCACGAGCCUUGCCAUGGUAGUGAGCCGGUCCCUCGGUGCUAUUCUUCCCACUCUGUCGGCUCCCGCGGGAGUGAUCCUGAGCACCACAUCUCCAAGAAUCGCCUGUUAGGAACACCAGCCACAAGGAAUCCCACCAAGCCCCCGCCGCCAGGAAAGAACACAAAGAGUCCUCACGGGAGCCCAACCAAGUUACCUUCCAAAUCCCCAACCAAGGCCUCUGCACUGGAGACCAAGCCAUGCCCGCCACCUGUCAAGACACCUACCAGCAUCGGGCGUAAGAACCCACCUUGCCCAGACUCGGCCAAGGGCAACAAAGCUGGGCCCUCAGCCAGCAUUGAAGAGAAGGUGAUGAAAGGCAUUGAAGAGAAUGUUCUGCGCAGGCACAAAGGAGGGCCGGCAGCCAAUGAAGCUAAGCAGAAAAACUCGAGUGGCCUAGCCAGCUGGUUUGGCCUGCGCAAGAGCAAACUGCCUGCCCUCAGCCGCAGGCCUGAGGCCCCCAAAGUUAAGGAGGGCAAGAUGGUCUCUCGUAGGCUGGAAGCAGAGAGCCUAAACAUUUCCAAGCUCAUGGAGAAGGCAGAGGACCUGCGCAAAGCCCUGGAGGAGGAGAAGGCCUACAUCAACGGAUUGGCUUUGGACAAGCCUCGACCCCAUGCCUGUGACACGGGCCACGGCCAGCUCACCCUCAUGUACCAGGAGGUGACUGCGGAUAACUUUAUGCAGCAGCUGCUCAAUAGGGUGGAUGGGAAAGAGGCACCUUUUGAGACUCACCUGGAGCAGAAGAACGAGCUACAGGGCCUGCAGAGGGGCCUGCACGAUGCCAAAGAUUCCCGGCUGAUUCGGCCUCCACGUAACGGCAUUGUUGGCCACCUCCAUGCCUGUCCAGAAGCCCCUGCCAAGCUUCGUGAUGCGACUUUGCAAGGGGAGAUCCUGUCCGAUGACAGCCUGGCUGAGCCCAUGACCUCCCAGCACUUUGCAGUGUGUAGCUCCCUGACACGGACUCUGGACAGUGGCAUUGGCACCUUCCCGCCGCCUGACUACUGCAGCGGGAUGCCCUGUAAGAGUGUGCCUAAACUGAGACCCCGACUUGAUCCUCCACCAGCUGGCCCUUUCCCAACUAGGGGGCCACCACCUGUCACCAGGGUACCCCGUAAAGCCCGGACGCUGGAGAGGGAGGUGCCCAGCGCAGAGGAUCUGCUGGGUCACAGCAAACACCAAAGCAUGCCAGCUUUCCAUGGCGUCUUAGCCAGCGCUGAGCCACCCGCCAGGCAUCGGGAUUGCAGGGGCUGCCCGGAAGAUCUCUGCAGUGAACCCAGCAAGCUGCGACAUGCCCAACACAGCAAGAACUGGACUUUCCCCAAUGCCAAAGCAUCUGUCAGCACGGAUCCUUUCCUCUGUUCCCCUCAGGGGCUGGAGGGGCUUCAUGGCUCUACAAUGGGCUCCGCUUGCAGUGUGGUGGAGAGGAGACGGGCCUCAUCAGAUGGGCCUCAGGCCUCACCAGCCUUCAGCACCAGCAGCAGCCGCACCCCCAGCGCCUCCGACGUGGGCGAAGAGGGCAGCAUGGAGGCCCGUUCCAGGGAUAUAGGUCCAGAAGGACAGCCAGGCCUGGAGAACUCUGAGUCCCUCAGUGACUCCCUUUAUGACAGCUUGUCCUCAUGCGGCAGCCAGGGUUGAGCAUGGUUUUAAAGGGGGGUGCAGGCACGCGGGCAUUGGCUUCCUUGGCUGACACCACCACAUGCUCCUGCCUAGUGUUUCAUAGGGCCCAACACUUGCCCACAGGAUCCUGCUUGAUUCUCCCAAGUCAAAUCUUGGCCCUGCAUCAGCAUGCGACGUGUCUUCCACAGGCGCCUCCUGCUUGUCCCUCAGACAGGGAAAUGGGACUUUUAAACCACGGCACCAGGAAGCUUCUUUGUCAGGAGAAGAGACAAGUCAAAGGAGGAAAUGGGUGGGGAGAGGGAACAGAGCUCGUCAUGCGCAUUAGCGCCUACUGAAUGGCAUUAGACCCGCUUAGCUAUGGGGUCAUGGAUCCUGUGCAUCUGAAACGGUGUCCCUUUGGUUGAAGCACUGGGAAUGGGUGUGAGAUCUGUCUUACUUUGCUGAUCCCUUGGCCAACUUGUUGGGAUCAUAAAUUCACUGUGGGAGGAGUCAGGUCCAAGGUAUGCUAUGAAAAUCUGGUUUGUGGAGUAGAGAUGUUCCAAGUAAAGCCAAGUUUGCCAGCCUGGUAUCCACCAAUUGUUUUGACCUACAACUCCCAUCAUCCCUGACCACUGGCUGUGCUGGCUGGGGCUGAUGGGAGUUAUGGUUCAAAACAUCUGGAGGGCCUCAGGUUAGCAAAGUCUGGAGUAGAGGGUAGGUCAUUGCAGUUAAUGAAAGUCUGUCUGGAGUUUCCAGCAGCGAAAUAUUCUCGCCCCUGACCUCCGUUUUGCAGGCUAGCUGGUGAAGGUUUCCAAGUGGUUGUGCUGUUUAGGCCUCUUAAGUGCCCCUCCAUGUGGGAGAAUAUCCCAUCUUUGCAUCUAUAAAGCCUGCUCCUUUUACCUCAUUGGCUGUGCACAGUCUUGCCUAAUCGUAUUACCUUCCCUUUCACCUUGUGUCAGUUGGACAGCGUGUGCAACUUUGCCAAACCCAGGAUUUCCCACCCCGGGAAGAGGAGUAGGGCAGCCUUCAGUCCAUUCCCUCCCAUGCAAGGGCGUGGCUGCUGGGGUGUACCAAAUGGAAGCUUGGAGGGGGAGCGCAAGGGUUGGCGAGGGAAUGCCUCCACCUCCCUCUAGUUGCAGUAUCUGAGGGUUAUCUUAGUUUGCUCUCCUCCUCCUUUUCCCCAUUCUCCAUUCCCAGUUGAACCAACUGGCUGGGAUGGUUCUUACAAAGAACCUCAUAUCCCUGGGACUGAAUGCUGCUCUGGGUUUCAGGAAUGAAUAGCUGGGUCCCUCACACCCCAUCCCUUCCCAGUAAUUUUUUUUAAACAUUAAGUUUCUAAUGUUGCCGUUUAGUUUCCACAUGUUCAAACCACCUCUUCUCUCCUUUCCCUGUUUCUAUGGGAGCCAUGUUGGUUACCCAGAUGGUGCUAUUUUGCUGUGUACAGGCCACUCUCCCUAUGAGUCUUCCUUCAGUUGUCCUUUUUUUUCCAAAUUUUGUUUUUUUUAAAUAUAUUAAGAUGUCUUUUGCUCCUCUACUUAUUUAUAUAAGUUAUUGUGAAAUGAGACUGUUUAUUGUCUUUUGAUCUCCCAGGAAAUAAAGGGGUAAAACAAG